UUAACACUCAUGAGUUGCUGUCAUAUGGUGACAUCGUUGAGUCUCUCCAGUCAUUGAACAGAACAAGAAAAAUAAAUCGAAUUAAAUUUAUAAUCUGAAGUUAUAUGUGACCCACCACAUCUGUCAAGUUUUAAAACGGGUUUUGUUUUUUUGGUGGGGGGAGCGUCCGGCAGCUUUUAAAUGUUAAUUUUCACAUCGUGUGUUCCAAAAAUAACUGGUUAGCCUAGGUCACUUCCACCCUCCAACGCUGUGAAUACAGUCUCUGUAGCAUUCGCUAUUUAAUGUCUUAUCUUCCCGAGCUAUUUGAGAAAUCGCUAGGUCGCCUUAAUACCGCACUCGCCACUUUGCGGACUGGAGGGCGGAGUCUGCUUCGUUCUGAGGACUGCGUGGCUCCGCGCUGAAUGCUCCUGCUAGGCCUGCGAGUCCUGUUCUGAAUUCUUACCCUUAUUUAGUCCUUGUCACCACCUCCGUCGUGGGAACGGCCUAACGGCCACUCGUCAAAGGAAGUGGCUGCCGGCAGCUCUUGACCCGGAAUCGGAUCCUAGUCCCACCCCCUCUGCUCCAGGCUUCCUUCUGCAACAGGCGUGGGUUACGCUCUCGCUCGCUCUCUUUCUGCCGCCAUCUUGGUGCCGCGUUUCCUGCACAAAAUGCCCGGCGAAGCCACAGAAACCGUCCCUGCUACAGAGCAGGAGUUGCCGCAGCCCCAGGCUGAGACAGGGUCUGGAACAGAAUCUGACAGUGAUGAAUCAGUACCAGAGCUUGAAGAACAGGAUUCCACCCAGGCAACCACACAACAAGCCCAGCUGGCGGCAGCAGCUGAAAUUGAUGAAGAACCAGUCAGUAAAGCAAAACAGAGUCGGAGUGAAAAGAAGGCACGGAAGGCUAUGUCCAAACUGGGUCUUCGACAGGUUACAGGAGUUACUAGAGUCACUAUCCGGAAAUCUAAGAAUAUCCUCUUUGUCAUCACAAAACCAGAUGUCUACAAGAGCCCUGCUUCGGAUACUUACAUAGUUUUUGGGGAAGCCAAGAUCGAAGAUCUAUCCCAGCAAGCACAACUAGCAGCUGCUGAGAAAUUCAAAGUUCAAGGUGAAGCUGUCUCAAACAUUCAAGAAAACACACAGACUCCAACCGUACAAGAGGAGAGUGAAGAGGAAGAGGUCGAUGAAACAGGUGUAGAAGUUAAGGACAUAGAAUUGGUCAUGUCACAAGCAAAUGUGUCGAGAGCAAAGGCAGUCCGAGCCCUGAAGAACAACAGUAAUGAUAUUGUAAAUGCGAUUAUGGUAAGCGUUCAAGCCUUUGUUCCUUGACUCCCUCUGCCCUGACCAAUUACGAGUGACUUUAUUUUGUCUGCUAAAUAUCAGCCAAUUAGGGAACCUCAUUCCAGAGCCUCUUCUGAGUUGCCAUAGGUUUUAGUGA